UUGUCGGGGCUGUCCGCUAACUGUAGGACCUUGUUCAGCCAUGGAACUAUAGUUAUUUCGCGCUUACCCUACAUUAUUAAUUGCAACUCCUCUGAUCCCAAACUGGCAACCUCAUAUCUCCAACUGGCACUGGCAAAUGAUCUCAUAGACCAGAUCAAGCUCAAAGUGUUUCCUGCGUGGCGGGGGGCUGGAGAGGGUCAUGGUUGGGGCUGGACCCAGUGCGUGAGGUGGGAGGCUGGGGAAGGGGGUCUGGAGUGUCCGCUGUGGUGUGCCCUGUGUCAAGGAGGCAAGGAGAGACUCGAGCAGGCCUGUCAGAGAGGGAGGGGAGUGCUUCAUCUCCCUGCAGAUAUGCUAAGCGUCAGACUUCCGCAGCUCUUUGACUUCCACCAGGUGCCAAAGGUGUUUCGAGAGGACGGCAUCAUGUCUGGCUACCGUCACCCCAGGAGCUCAGCCGUGGACUGCAUUCUCAGCAGUUUUCAGAUGACCAACGAGACGGUCAAUAUCUGGACCCACUUCCUGCCGACUUGGUACUUCCUGUGGCGGUUCAGCGCGCUGUGCUCCACUCUGGACUUCCUGACGGAGAGCUACACCUGGCCGCUGCUGGUCUACCUGCUUCUGAUCUGCCUGUACCCCUUCACCUCCAGCUGCGCUCACACCUUCAGCAGCAUGUCGGCCGAGGCUCGUCACAUCUGCUACUUCUUCGACUACGGCGCGCUCAGCCUCUACAGUCUCGGCUGCGCCGUCACAUACGGCUCUUAUGUGAUGCCUGACUGCUGGGUAAACAGUUGGCUUCAUCAGCAUUUUGUGGCCAUCGCCAUCGGCAACUCUCUCUUUUGUACCAGCGUGUCCUGUUACUCCAGGUUUGUAGAGUUGCAGUUCCCACACAAAAGUAAAGUCAUGCGAACGGCAGCGUUUGUUGUCCCCUUCCUGUUUGAUAGCUUCCCACUGUUCUACCGACUGCUGUGGUGCUGUUGGGAGAGCUGUAGUUCCAGUGAAGCUCUGGCAAGCCAUUCUUACCAUCUGCUCUUUGCGUUCCUCACAUGCUUUCUGUUUGCGUCUCACCUCCCCGAGAGACUGGCUCCUGGACGCUUCGACUACAUUGGUCACAGUCACCAGCUCUUUCACAUAUGUGCGGUGGUGGGCACCCAUUUCCAGAUGGAGGCAGUGUUGACAGACAUGGCGUCUCGCAAAGAUUGGCUGACGUCGCACUCCUUUUUACCUUCGUUUCUGGGCACCAUGGGGGUUCUCGCAGUGGGCGUCCUGCUCAACCUGGGCAUCAUCGGCAUCUUUAGCGCCGGUUUACCGCGAACACCUCGCCAAAGCACUUCAACCUCUAGCGGCACCCACCUUCAUCAGGAGUAAAAAACUUUCUUGACCACUCCACACCUCACUGUGCACCUUUCUGGACGACUUUACACUAUAGCGCACUUAUACAGUCACUUUCACUGAUAAUAUAAGCCUUGAUAUUUUUUUUACUAAGAAGCUAAACGUUUAUGCUCUCACUUAUUAUAAUUUCCUUUUAUACUUACAGUUUAUUAUCUCAGCUGAAAACCCUAAUGAUAAUCGCAACCUUUCAGGUGUUAUUUACCCGAUUGAUUUUAUUCUUUAGUCAUCGUUAUGAAAGGUUUAGGGUUGAAUGACGCUAAUAUU